AUGGCAAACUGGAAAGAACUGGGCGAGGUCCCAGACUCGGACGACGAACUCGACUUCGAUAGCCAGGAUCUUGAGUCGCUGCCGAACCCUGAACUACCUUUGAAACCCACUUCCGAUACUUUACAAACGAAGGACGUCCGAAAGAGCAUAUGGGAUGUACCCGAAUCAUCACAGGAUACCCCAGAAGACGCGACUACAGAUCGUGUAGCAACGAACCGCCACCAUGAGGCGUCUAAGCCUAUUGACGGAGAGCCGCCCUCUUCGCCGCUGUCUUCGGUGCCGGAUGUGGAUGAGCUGGACGACCCCUUCAGCUUGGACUUAGACGAACCAGCAGCCCAAGUGGCACCUACGACAAAGACGAGGACUAGGUAUCUUCCCAACGACCGCGACGACUCUCCCGAUCCCCUGGCUGGCGAUGAUACCGUCUCGACGAGCUAUGUUAGAAUCACUGCUCCUGAACCUGAGUUCCCCGCCGAGAACGAUACCGAAAGCCUUCCACCUCCUAAAAAGUCUCUGGCGGCCUCUUCACAGCCCAGUCAACAGAGCCGGCAGAGACGAUUGGCUGCUCAGCUCUCUGCUAGUUCUAGCCCGGAGGCAGAGGUGGCAGCUCCAGUUGAGCAGUCUAACGAUGGCAACACUUCGCCUCCGAGGCCUUUAUUCGUCUCCUCGGCAGCCUCUUCUGUUGCUUCUCCGGCGCCGACCCAGUUGAGGAAGCAGCCGAGGCCGGCAGCUAUUCAGCAGGUGGAAAGCUCCAACAGGGACGAGGAGGUUGCUCGACAAGUCGCUGUGCGGUAUGAACGCUCGUUCAGACCAAGGAAACCCAUCCAGGAACACCCAUACCUCAUUGAGAAUGCCCAGUACAGCAAGGCUCUUAAGUCACACGGCAUCCGGCCGAUCAGAAUGCCCACAGAGCCAGCCCCGAGACGUCAACGGCCGGAGGAGGAUUCCCAGGAGAAGGAUUUUGAAGAUGAUAGCCAAGAACCCACAGCUGAUGCGCCAAACGGAACCACAGACGAGAGCCAGUUCAACGGCCUGGAUAUCCUGCUGAGCUCUAGUCCUCAACUGAUGUCGUCCCUCUCCGAUUCACCCCUCCGAACAUCGUCCCCCAAACACCGCGGCGGACCGAGUAGCCAACCAAGUCAGGGAGAUACGGAUAAUACCAGCUUCUCCGAUGUCGACGAUUUGCCAUCUCUUGACAAGAUUCACCGCGACUUGCUGGCAAACCGAUCUGCCAAAAAGCGAAAGCGCGGGAAAGGCACUGCGACCAAGGCUGUGGUGACGCAGACGGCAGCCCCAAAUGCGCCCUCGCGCCCGCAGUUUCAGCAGUAUGAUGAGAUUUACGGCAUGCUUUCUUCGCCGUCUUCAUCGCCUGAAGUACAAACUACUGUGAUCAACCAUUUGAUUGACCCUACAUCAUUGCCUGCAGAGAGCAACGCCGGAACGGUAUUUUCUGAGGGCGAUGACCUGCCUAUCGUGGAUGGCAACAUGUUGUCUGCUCCUGAGCUCCAGGGGCGAAUUUCGGUCGAAAGGGAACCGCCAGUCUUCGACCUGACCGUGGCAGACAUGUCCGAUGUGGAAGAAGACAAUGGACCCGGAGAUGUUGAUGCGCAGAACAGUUCAGGAGAGGAGUCGGAGGGUCGGGAUGAUGGUCGCGAGGAGGUCGGCGCGGCGAUUGCAAAGAGAAUGCGAGGUGUCCUUCCGGCAUCCUGGCUUAGGCUCGACCAACAGGCAAACCGUCCCAAGCCUACUCAGUACCAACGCCCCGAUGACUCCCCUGAGAAGGGUCCAAGACGAGGCGUGGCUGUCCGACGGAUAGGUCGCUCGGCAUCAUCUACGGCAGCAGCGUUUCUCUUCGAUGACUCAGAUGACGAUGUGGUCACUACGCAGACGCCUACACGUCCUUCUCACAAUAUCCAGACUGUGUUGCCUUUCGAGAGAUCUGAGGUCACGGAAAUCAGUGACGACGACGACGGUGGCUCCGUCGUUGAAGAAGACCAGGUUGACCAUAUGCUACCAAGCAGAAAACGUCAAUUGACUUUGAAAGACUUUCGACAACCCGCCAAAAGGCAGAAAAAGAACGACCGUCUAUCAAGCACCCAACCCAAGAAACGCGGGCGACCGCCGAAAAGCGCAGUCCGAACUUCUGGAGCUUCCCGCCUCGAUCCUUUCUCUAAAAGUCGCAAAUCUACUUUGAGCAACACUCGAGCUGUGGCCCGAGCGAAACCUCCAAGGUUGAGCAUUCUGGAUGUCAUCGAAUCAGAUGCGCCGAAGUUUCUGAAGAUUGCGGCUCGAGCAGCUCAUAGCAAGCGGCACAUGGGACGAUCCAGUCCUACACACAAGAGCAUACGCCUAGCCACGCGGAAGGACAAUGUAGAUGCCGGCAGAGUGCUCCAACAGUGGAAAGGAGGCAAGAUUCGACCUCGAUCUGGAUUGCAGACGAAGAAACCUAGGCCCACAGGGUCAAGUGGAAGACACCCACUGACUCAACUACCAUCAAAUGUCUUCUCUCGUGGUGCUGUAUCCUCUCCAAAAGCCCGCAGCGCCACGCAGUCUGAUGAACUCCGUCGUGAGACCUCAACGCCUUUGACGCCUUUGCCGGAGGCGCACUCUCGGAUAAGGCAAAUGUCGAGAAGUAAUUCCGUCACAAGCCAGCAGACGCAAGAUGCCCGAAAUAGGCCGGCUCAGCUUGAAACGGAUUUGACCCAGCAACCGGGUAGAGUCGGUUUCCAAGCAAAGAAGCGAGCUCUCGAUGCUCUUUUCAAGCGUAAUCACUCGCAGUCGCUGUCAUCGAGAAGUGCGCACUUGGAUUCUUUCUUAGAUGACACAUCAUCAGUAGUAUCAGGGCACAGCCUUGCUGCUGGAGGCUCUUCUGAGCCUGCAGCAGUCAAGAGGCCCAUACUGAAGCGCCCGAGAAAGCCUGUACAGCCAAUUCAGAUCGAUGUAACGGCCGCCCAUUUCCGCCACGCAGAUGACCCCAUGCCUACCAUAGAGUUGAUAACUCCCGUCGAAACGCCCAAAGCCGCGUUCAACGAUAAUCAGCUUCUUGGUCUUGGUCCUUUUGGCACACACUAUACACAGCACUUUGAUAUUUUCCCCCUGGACCGCGGGGUCUUCUUUCACGAGACAACACUCAUAGGCAGUGGACGGGUCAGCUCAAUAGCGUAUGACCAGUUUCCCGAGGAGGUGUGGAAUUAUCGACCCCGAAUUUCUUACAGCCUUGGUGAAAUGGUCCUUCGAUGGGACUCAUGGACCGAGCAAGUCUCGUCCGAGUUCGGCAUCGUGAUGGACGGGAUCCUCGAGCAAAUUCUCAAGCCAUCGCUGUCUGCAGAAGUCACACCCAAUGCCAAAGCAGCGGCAAGAUUUGUUCUGGACUACGUCCAAAAAGCGAUGAGCUUCACCAACGAUGCCGAUGCUGCCUCAUUCAUCGCUCGGGUGUCUGAUGUAGUCAAGUCUUUCUUGACGCGCUUCGAAUCUGAAGAUGUCAGUGACUUGGCUCAACGUCGGGAACUGGCUGACGUGUUGUCGAAUGUAUUCCUCGUUGUCUCUUACGCCGUCCGCCUCUGUCAAAAAAGUCCGGCGCUGAUGACAGAGAACUUUGCUAUGGAGGCGCUUCUCAGAAAAACUACAGAAACACUGGUCCGAUCGCUACUCGGCAUUGGCCUGGAUGACGUUACGCAACUCUACGAUGAUCUUCAGACCUUAAUAUACCGCGAGCGUGGCAUUCGCUCCGACAAGUUCGUAGCACACGCUUGGGUAGUUCUCAUAAAGGCCCUAGAAUAUCUUCGGAUUCCUAGGAUGACAUUCUGGGACGUUACAUACUCGUGCAUGAUACAACCAAGUGUCAUUCGUGGCAUGGACUCCCAAGAGUUUGAGAAUCUUUGGAAGAAGAUGUUCACGCUCCUACCCUUGUGCGAAUUUGACGAUAAUGGCGUGGUCGUUUCCGAUAGGAGACACCUGGUUCCCCUGGAAGGGUGGAACUUGCCCCAGCAAGUCCUCAAACGCGUCUUCCAACUAUACCGCGACAAUCCCCGCCAGUCUCCAAGCUUCAACGACUACUGCCGGGCACUAGUGUCCAGAUGCCACUAUCUGGUCGAUCAAUGGGGUUGGCAGAAAAGCAGCGGUAUCAUCGGCACCAUCUUCGACUUCUUUGGCUCGCAGAACUUAUCUCAUCUGCGCAACGAAGAAGCCUUCCGCUCAGCUCGUUUCCUAGACAGCCUUCAUCUUGAGCCGUCUCUCCUUGUCGAGCCUGAGGAUAGGUGUUUCCACAUAUUCCUCAAACUCGUGGCACUAGCCAUCAAGAGGCUGAGACAAAAUGGGGCAAUCAACGACAUUCGGAAUUUGGUCGCUCGCACACUGCCAAACCACGACCGGCAAUAUUCUAAAGAACAAGACGUUCACCAGAAUGACUUAGCCGCUCUCAGGAACCAUCAUGAUCUCUUAUGUACUCUGUUCUGGGCAGCGCCACCUGAUCUUCGUCCCGGCAUCCACAAUCUGGAGAAAUUGGUCAUUCCCGCUAGCUCUCAUAAGGAAGCCUGUCUUAUUAACCUGCGGGCCUGGAAUCAACUGGCAAGAUUUGUUGUACACGAAGAGUCCGCCGCAUCAUUCAACCCGCUGGCUAGCUGGCAGGCCAAUGUCUUCAAGCAGCUGUUGGACCAGUACAACUCUGCCGCAGCAGAUAUCCAACAGCAGUUCUUAGCACUGUCUAAGGAUGAUAGCAAUAAUGUCAGCGAGGACCUGAUGAACUCCAUUGUGGCUACAAACAAAGCUGCAACCAUGGAGAUCAUGCUGUUCUCAGUCAAGUCCUCAAUGGAGGUUGUGCAGUAUGCGAGUAGUUUGGAGUUGGCAAGGCUUGCCUCUAGCCCUUAUCAAUUACAGCAAGUCUUCCAGCAUUUCUCUACUUUGCCAGCAGACUUCCCGUCCACGCUUCUCCAAGCCUCUAUGACCACACUGGAACGUCUUCUUGGCCGAAUCGAGUCGGUCUUCAACGAAGCAGAUGAUAGUCAAGACAGUAUGGCCUCUCGGACUUUGGAGUCCGAGGAUGCUAUUCUGAUGCUGGACCGCGAAUUGGCUGCUGCGUUCCUUUCAGCAGCACGCUGUCUCUUGUCAAAUCAAUCGCGCGGUAAACCUGGCAAUUCAGGCGUGUCAACAUCCUGUGUUGAGCAAUCCGUCGUGGUAUCUGGCAUGAUGAUUGGUCUUUUCGUACGCUGCGGAAUGAUGGCACUCUCGCAGGUUUUUAAACCUACUAAAUAUGGGCUAUUCGGGAAAGCGCCAAGCAAGCUUGACUGCGAACAACGUCAAUACCUUCCACUCUUCCUUUCCGUUGUCGCGCAGAAGGGAGCAACCAUUAACCUGGAGGAUAUUGGAGGAAGCGUUUUGCUGUUGUGGCUCAUGGUCAUCAUACAGCCGAGUCACUGCUUGAGAUUUGAGAACCGGUUUGGACAGCAGCUCCAGCGGCAGGGCUAUCCUUUCAUUCCGGACAAAGCAGGUCUUGUCGUCAACCCAGGCUACGCGGCCAACCGUGACUUUUUUGAGUACGCGGCAUCUUGGAUGCGGAAAUCUUUACACACAGCCGACGCUGCCUCCAAGAAGAACAUGCGGUCGGAGUUCGAGAGAGUGCUUAAUGCCGUCAUGAACCAAAUGCGGGCUGACCUUCAAAUCAUGACCGCAGACGAAUUACAACACCCAAGCUAUGUCAAGUUCGUCCGCAACAUCAUUUCCCUCAUCAAGGCUCAUGGUUCAGACAUCUGUCCCGUACAAAAGUUCUUUUUGGAAGUGAGCAAGGAGUAUUCGCCACCGAUGCAGGACCCGCAAUUACAAGCAGCGUUGAUCCAGUCAUACGGAUUCAAGCUUGCGGAAGGCGACCCCAGAGUCCCUAGUACGUUAUUCCACUUCUUGCUCAAUAACUUCAAGGGGGCUCUUCAGCGUGGCCGACUGCCGCAUGAGGUUGUCCUCCUAAAAGGGGCUUUGGAAAAUGAUGCCAUCAUGUCGUUCGUUCUCAGCAAGAUGCUUCCCGCGGUGCUGCAUGCCACCCUAUCUAAUGUCGAGGCCUACGCGAUGCUCGAUGUUUUAUGCGACGCGCUUGGACUGGCAAUAAAAUCGUCACCUAUUCCUCGUCAAGUCAGCGAAGACAAUAUGGGGUGCAUUGCUGCCUUGGUCACCACCACAUUGGCUUGGGCAAACGCCCUAGGACGGAGCAUGCUUAGUCCUGAGCAUGUUCAUGUGCUCCGACGCAUCACUUGGCUCCUCAACGCAUUUCAGCCUUACCUUGAAGCGUUCUCAUUCAUGGUUACAGAACCUCGAGGCUGGGACAACGUUAUGUCGAUGUUACAUUGGUUCAGCCUGCUUGCCCAAGGGGCGCAAGAGUAUCUUGAAAACCAAGAAACCCCUUUCAUAGCCGCAUCGGGGCUGUUUCGCCGACUUAGAACUCUCAAUGAGAUCUUCACGAUCCAGGACACCACGGUUCUGACCUGGUCAGAGCAUAUAGGAAACGACAUCAGUAGGAAUUGGGUCACGACAGGACCAUUGUUAACGGUAUCACCACACAACCGUGGCACACCUUCAACGCAGUCUGGGAUUGGAUCACUACGGCCUAAGUUGCGGAAGAACCCGUCCGAAGGCGGCGCAGAAGACGGCAAACCACCAGACAAACCGGCCGGCGAGCAAGAGGACGGCAGUAGAAGCAAAGAUGGCAGCAUAAGCAAGACUGAGUCGGUCACGGCGGAGUCGGCUUUUCGGAGGUCGAGAGGCGGCGCGUUCGCCUCUGCGAGAGCGCGCCUCUCAAGGCCGCGGGCCGCUGACGAGCUGCCACCGGUGAAGCUGCCGCAGAGCUUCCUCGACAACAGCGUGUCGCUGUACGAUCCCGAAAACCGCAUCAACACCCUCACGAACGACCUGUGGCACCAUCGAUACAUGGGCGCCCGCUGGCACGAUCUGCUCUGGAAAGAUUUGGAUCUCGUCUUCAGCCAUGCGUCUUGGAGCGAAGCGAAGUUGCAAGAUGCGCUGCGCCGGGGCAAUCUCGAAGCCAUUGAGAGGAGGAGCCGCCUCCUUGCUGAGGCAUCGCAGUGGCUGAGUCUCUCCAUUGACGAGAUGCGAUCUUCGAACAACCUGCAGAACUCCCGCGAGCCGCUGCCGACCACCGAAUUCGCAGACAUGCUUCGAUACUCCAACAAAUUCGUCCUUUCGAACCUUUUGUCGCAACACACCAGAGCAACGACGGACGCCGAUCCAACACAAGAUCCAGACAGCGUACUGCAAUCGCUUGUCGAGCAAUACAUCGAAGAGGGACGGCCGAAGCUGCGACGUGACGGACUGAGGUUAUUCGACCCCCGAAUCCGCGGCGAAGUCGUCACGGCUGUGUGCGCGGAGCUUUCUCUGCAGCCGGACGCAAGUGCCGCAGGCAGGGAGCUCAAGAGACCGCUUACUGUCGUCAACAUCCCGAACUAUACCGGCCGAAGCCAUACCAAGAAGCUCAUGAAGCACGUUGCGUCAUGCGCGGAAGCCGAUUUGAUUCACCUCGAUGCGCAGGAGCUGGCGAUGCUUGUCGGCGACUACAUCGGGCAGGACUGUGCCUACUCGCGCGGCUCGAUCUCUAUGCUGGGAUAUCGGUCUGCCGAGAUGAAUGGACGUCUCGUCAAGAGCGAGGAGCCGUCCAAGCCCAACGACGAGGAUCUUUCCGGCGAGAUCGAAGCGGCAUGGGUCAACCUUCGAGAUCACGGGGUGGAUGGCGGCUACGGCAACCCAAUGGACAACGAACUGCAAAAGAUCAAAGAAGGCCCCAAGGACUACAUCCUUCCUUCUGUCGAUCGAUGGGAAAACCUGAAGAUCAACGCCGUUCUCGAGGAGAUUGCCAACUCGGCUACGAAGAUGACGUCGAAGCCGGAUCGCAACCUGAUCAUUCACGUGGACGACUUCGUCGAGCUCAACAUGACGCUCGAGGGUGCGCUGCUCAUCGGUCGACUUCGGACCAUCGUAGACACCAUGUGGCGCGCUGGAAAGAGAGUGACCCUGGUGGGCACCUCAUCCAACGAGAACCCUUCGGAGCAGUACGCAUCGACGCUCAAGGAGAUUGCGGCAGAGGAGUGUUUGAUCCCUUUGCCCCUGAACUUCCAGCGGAUCACCGACGCUGCAAACACCAAGAAGAUUUACGAGGCCAAUGACUUCUUGCAAGAGAACCUGCGAAACAUCCAGCAUAUGCUGAAGAGCAUUUCUGGCCAAACGCGAGACACGAGUAAACUGCGCAUCGUCGGCGUGUCAAAGUCCUCGCCGCCGCAGUUCCUCUUGGAUGACACACAUGGCUCUUAUAUGGAGGUCUCGCUCAUCCCCCGCGUUCUGGCAACCUCCAUCCUCCCCCUUUCCGACGUAUACCACAUAACCCGCCUCUUCUACGCCUGCGAGGGCACCGUCCGCCCCGACGAGUCAUGGAGGGUUCUCUUCGACGUCGUCGAGUCCAGCAGCUACAGCACCGCGCAGCUGCACCGCACCCAGGACCGGCCGACGCGCUCCAAACCUUCCUCUGCCGGCGCGAGCUCGUCUGCCGACAUGCAGAAGCCCGAACCCGAACGCCUCCGCGUGUCCGGCAACUACAACGACUACGAGAAGAAGCUCCUCAGCGGUCUCGUCAACAGCAGCGAGAUCAAGACGACGUUUGCCGACGUCCACGCCGACGCGGAGACCAAGAACAACCUCAAGCUCCUGACCUCGCUGUCGCUCGUCCGCCCUGAAGCCUUCACAUACGGCGUCCUCGCCACCGACAGGAUACCGGGCUGCCUCCUCUACGGCCCGCCCGGCACCGGCAAGACGCUCCUAGCCAAGGCCGUCGCCAAGGAGAGCGGCGCCAACAUGCUCGAGGUCAGCGGCGCCAGCAUCAACGACAUGUACGUCGGCCAGAGCGAGAAGAACGUGCGCGCCCUCUUCUCGCUCGCCAAGAAGCUGAGCCCGCUCGUCAUCUUCAUCGACGAGGCCGACGCCCUGCUCGCCGCCCGCGGGCAACGGAACCGCGCAGCGCACCGUGAGACCAUCAACCAGUUCCUGCGCGAGUGGGACGGCAUGAGCGACACCAAAGCCUUCAUCAUGGUCGCCACCAACCGGCCCUUUGACCUCGACGACGCCGUGCUCCGCCGGCUGCCGCGCAAGAUCCUCGUCGACCUGCCCCUCAAGGCCGACCGCGCCUCUAUCCUCCGCAUCCUCCUCAAGGGCGAGACGCUCGACGCCUCGGUCGACGUCGACGACGUCGCGCGGAAGACGGUGCUCUACUCCGGCUCCGACCUCAAGAACCUCUGCGUCGCGGCCGCCAUGACGGCCGUCCAGGAGGAGAGCGAGGUGGCGGCGCGGCACACCGGCCCGGAACCCUACGUGUUCCCUCCCAAACGCACGCUUGCGAAACAUCAUUUUGAUAAAGCGCUCAAAAUGAUCGCCGCCAGCGUCAGCGAGGACAUGGACAGCUUGAAGAGCAUCCGUCGCUUCGACGAGAAGUACGGCGAUGUCCGGGCCAAGAAUAGCCAGAAGAGGAAGGGUAUGGGCUUCGGUGUGCUGCCGACAUCGACGGAUGCUGAGGAGGCUAGGGUGCGGCAGGCUGUUGCUUGA